UCGGGACCAGAGAAGUUUUCCGCACAACUAACCAAACUCGCGUGUUUUUUUUGCGAAUUUGCCAAAAUCACACAUUUGUAGAUCGCGCGCGAUUUCGAAGAUGCGAAUUACAGUUCCCGUACGUAUUUUACGUUUUGCCGUAGGCCGCAACCAUCUUUCAAGACUAUUAAUCUAUAAACAACAUGCCUAUCGUUCGUUCUCAUUAUCUUCCCUUCACGAAGUUCAAGAAAAUGAAAACUAUAGCGAUUUUUCCAAAAGUGUUUCCCACCCAUCAAAAGCAAGCUUAGCUGAUCAUGUCGGUGAUAUGUCUUAUUCUGAAGACGAAGGAUACAAACUUAGUAACAUUCUCGGUCUUUCGGUUGCUUUCCUUGGCUGCAUGCUCGUCGGCUACGCGAUAUUUUUCAGCAACUAUGAUUUAGAACUAGAGGAGAAAUUAUGUGAAACUGUGCCUGGAUAUCGCGAUGAAAUGAGUAAAAGACCUGGCUAUGUUAAAAAUAUUGAACUAUUACAGGAAAAACGAAGGAACGAAAAGUUAUCACGAAACAAUUAAUUUUCUAUUUCUUGUCUUUUGUUUAUUUUUGUUUGCUGAUACUUGAAAAUGAUCUUGAAUGUGUUAAGUUCUUAUCUUAUUGAUAAGCUUAUUGACAUACACUUGUUAAGUGAGCAAUAAUGUAAUGUUCAGUCUCAUUUACCCUGAUUCAAACAAACUCAUAAAAUUCUACUUGUUUUCCCUUUAGGUAUUAUAUUUGACACAUGGCUGAAAACCAUAGUUAAAUAUUG